UGGCCUCCUCCUGGUUGUGAUAUCCGCACAUGGGCUUCUAGGGCUGAGUGUAUUCACUGGAGCUGUCUUUACUAGAGUUGGUCCCUUUGGAACUUUCUCUUGCCGUUUUUUUUUGUGACCUUAGGGGGAGACCGUUUUGGCUGCAGCGAUGUCCGGGGCGCUAUGGCCCCCAGAACUGGCAGUUUUGAGGGGCUUUUCCACUGAGACAGAGCAGCAGCAAUGGAAGCAGGAGGGAGUUCUUGGCUCAGAGAGUGAAUCUUUCCUAGAGUUGCUGCUAGGAGGGGACUAUGAAGCCAUGUUCUUAAAUCCAUUGACUCAAAAUAUUUUUAAUUCAACAAUGAUUAGUGAAGACAUGAUUGACAGUUAUUUGGAGAAGCAGAUAGUAACAUUCCUGGACUACUCAACAGAUUUGGACAAAAUUGAAAGACAGCAGCUGAUAUUUCUACUUGGUGUAAGCAGUUUGCAGCUUUUUGUUCAGAGUAACUGGACUGGGCCCCUUGUUGAUUUACACCCUCAGGAUUUUUUGCCAUCUAUAUUGUUCCAGCAAUUCAGUGAGGUCAGAAGGCUGGAGGCAGUUGUUCUAAAUCUGCUUCUUCUAGAUGGUGAAUCAAUCUAUAGCCUGACAUCAAAGCCCAUACUCCUGUUAUUAGCACGAGUUAUCCUAGUGAAUAUAAAACAUAAGCUGAUGGCGAUUCAGAGUUUGCCAUGGUGGACAAUGAGAUGUGUGAAUAUUCAUCAGCAGUUGCUUGAAGAGCGCUCACCUCAACUCUUUGCUCUUGCCGAAGGCUGUAUUGAUCAAGUGAUGAAGCUGAAGAAUCUGUUUGUAGGUGAUUCUGGUCAAUGUCUGGCUAUUCAAUUCCAUCUAGAAUGUGCAUAUAUAUAUUUAUAUUUUUAUGAAUAUAAGAAAGCAAAAGAUCAAUUUGGUAUUGCCAAAGACAUCAGCAAAUUGCAAAUUGACUUGACAGGUGCUUUGGGAAAAAGGACACGGUUCCAGCAGAAUUAUGUGGCACAACUUAUUGUUGAUGUAAGAAGGGAAGGGGAUGUCUUUUCACGAUGUGAGUUCAGUCCAGCACCUACUCUUCAGGAACUUUUGACCAAGAAUCUUGAACUCAAUGAUGACACUGUUCUGAAUGAGAUAAAGUUAGCAGAUUGUGAACAAUUUCAGAUGCCUGAUCUGUGUGCUGAAGAGCUUGCUGUUAUCCUUGGAGUCUGCACUAAUUUCCAAAAGAAUAACCCAGUGCAUAAACUAACAGAAGAGGAGCUGCUGGCAUUUACAUCAUGUCUGCUUUCCCAGCCAAAAUUCUGGGCCAUUCAGACAUCAGCUUUGAUCCUCCGGACAAAACUUGAGAGAGGAAGCACACGACGCGUGGACCGGGCAAUGAGGCAGACACAGGCUCUUGCAGAUCAAUUUGAAGAUAAAACUACAUCUGUAUUGGAACGUAUGAAGAUUUUCUAUUGCUGUCAAGUACCACCUCACUGGGCUAUUCAGCGCCAACUUGCAAGUUUACUCUUUGAGUUGGGGUGUACCAGUUCAGCCCUUCAGAUAUUUGAGAAGCUGGAAAUGUGGGAAGACGUUGUCAUUUGUUAUGAAAGAGCCGGGCAGCAUGGGAAGGCAGAAGAAAUUCUUAAAAAAGAACUAGAGAAGAAAGAAACGCCAAGUUUAUAUUGUUUGCUGGGAGAUGUCCUUCGAGAGCACUCACAUUACGACAAGGCCUGGGAGUUGUCUGGACAUCGCAGUGCUCGGGCUCAGCGCUCCAAGGGCCUCCUUCAUCUACGAGACAAGGAGUUUCGAGAGUGUGUGCAGUGCUUCGAACGCUCCGUGAAGAUUAAUCCCAUGCAGCUGGGGGUGUGGUUUUCUCUCGGUUGUGCCUAUUUAGCCUUGGAAGACUAUGGAGGUUCAGCAAAGGCGUUUCAGCGUUGUGUGACACUAGAGCCCGACAAUGCUGAAGCCUGGAACAACUUAUCAACUUCCUAUAUACGAUUAAAACAAAAAGUGAAAGCUUUCAGAACUUUACAAGAAGCUCUCAAAUGCAACUAUGAACACUGGCAGAUCUGGGAAAACUACAUUCUCACUAGUAUUGAUGUUGGGGAAUUUUCAGAAGCCAUUAAAGCUUACCAUCGGCUCUUGGACUUACGAGACAAAUAUAAAGAUACUCAGGUCCUUACAAUUCUGGUCCGGGCAGUGACUGAUGGGAUGACCGAUCGAAGCGGAGAUGUCGCCACCAGCCUCAAGGGGAAGCUGCAGGAGUUAUUUGGCAGAGUCACUUCAAAAGUGACAAAUGAUGGAGAAAUCUGGAGGCUGUAUGCCCAGGUAUAUGGAAAUGGGCAGAGUGAAGAGCCUGAUGAAAACGAAAAAGCAUUCCAGUUUCUCUCUAAGGCAUACAAGUGUGACACACAGUCCAGUUGUUGGGAGAAAGAUAUUACAUCAUUUAAGGAAGUGGUUCAGAGAGCCUUAGGACUCGCACAUGUGGCUAUCAAAUGCAGUAAAAACAAAUCUAGUCCCCAAGAGGCUGUGCAAGUGCUUUCUUCCGUUCGACUUAACAUACGGGGCUUGUUAUCUAAAGCAAAGCAACUUUUUACAGAUGUGGCAAGUGGAGAAAUUUCUGGAGAGAUAGCUGAUGAAAUAGCAACUAUGGAUACUUUGGUAAUGGAGCUCCAAGAUCUGAGCAACCAAUUUCGAAAUCAGUAUUGACCAUCCUGGGAACAGUUUCUGGAAAAAGUGCUUUUGCUUUCUGGAACAUAACUUAUACCUGUGUAUCUGAAGUAGAAGAAUCUAAUUUUUAAAUAAAUUUCUUUUUUAUGGCUUA